UCCAUUCGAUCCGUCGUGUCAUUUUCAAGAGAAUUUCACGGAGUUUGAAUCUGCCGAUGGAAUGCGUCGGAGAAUAAAGAACCCGCGGGAUCAUAUCGGAGAUGAAGAGAAAAAAAAAGGGACGCGAUAUAUAAUGCAUGGGGGUAGAAAUGGGGAGAGGCUCGUUCGACUCGGCGACGAAAGGGUUAUGUGUAAUUCAUAUCGCGGCGUGCGCGCGCACCGUUCGAAACAUCAGUCGAUAAGUCCUUGAACGAGCAGAGCAGACUAAGCGAACGCGCACAUAACCUCCGAAUAUUUUUUAAACGCGGACACCUCCGCUCCGCUUUUUUAUCUCAAUUAACGAGAACGACUCAUGACAUACGCGAUGAUAAUACGAUUCACGUGAGAUCUUCGCGAAACUCUUUUGAACCUCGUGAUUAUGACGCUCGGUGACAAAUUAUUAGACAAAUUUUAGUAAAUACGACUCCGACCUCAAGAUGGGUCACGGUUCGAGUCGUUCAACCUCCUCCGGUAAUAUUUUAUCGGCGGAUGAAGCUACUCUGGUAGAAAACAUCUUCAAAUCUAUGUCCCGGAGUUCAGGUUCGAUAAAGAGAGAAGACAUAUUCAAGCACUGGUCGAAUCACUUGGACGAGGCGCUGCUGCAAUCGGUAGUUCGAUUUCUGUGUUACGAACCAGGAAAGAAAGUAUCGGCUAUAAACGGUGAGAACUUUGGGAGAUUAUACGUAUUUGCGGUGAGAGGUAGUCCGGAGGAAAGGACCGGUCUGGUCUUCAACGGAUAUUCGGAGGAGGAACAAAAAUUGGAAAUACCGACGGAAACUUUUCUCCAAUAUGUUCAGGGAACGAUAAAUUCUUACUUGAGGCUACAGAAAAAUUGUGCCAACGCCCGUUACACGAGUUGGAGCAGCAUCGGUUGCACCGUCAACAAAAGAAGAAUAGGAAUGCGAUCGAGGAGCCUGUGCGACGAUUUGAUCAAGUACGGAGAAGCGCUGAGCACCGAACAAGUGGAAAACUGGUUCGCUCAAGCGGCUACCUUCAAGAAAAUUCAGUCACACGUUUUUCAAUGCCUUUUCCUCGCGUCGCAGAAGAAAGGGGACAAGAACACGGGCUCUCGUAUAAACGACCUAAAUUUAUUGCCUGUUUGCAAGGGGCUCGAGAACAUUCCCCACUUUCCUAGCAUCCUCGGCCUCGGCGAUGUACUUUUUCUCAACCUAAGUCUGCCUCACGAUCUGCGCAACGAGUGGCGUUUUCUCUUCUCCAGCCAAGUUCACGGGGAAUCCUUUUCGACGAUGCUAGGUCGAGUUUCCAUUCAGGGCUCUACAAUAAUAAUCGUACAGGACACCGACGACCAUGUGUUCGGUGCGUUUGCUCCGGAGAAUUGGUCCCUGAGUCCGAACUUCACGGGCGAUCAAACCUGCUUCCUCUUCAAGCUCGAGCCCCAAAUCCUCACUUUCUCUGCCUCCGGUUACAACAAUCAUUAUCAGUAUUUGAAUCUCCACCAGCAAACGAUGCCCAACGGUUUGCUCAUCGGUGGACAACUGAAUUACCCCGGUCUCUGGCUCGACUGCGAAUACGGCAAGGGAAAAUCCAGCGUUUCUUGUACAACCUUUCAAAACUACGUUCAACUGAGCGGCAAGGAACAUUUCAAGAUCAAGCAUCUGGAGGUGUGGGGCGUCGGACCGAUCCCCGAAGCCGACGAAGACACGAGAGACUCCAAAUCCAUUCUCGACAAAGAUCCCGCCUCGAAAGUGAUGCUCGAACUAUCGGGACGGAAAAUGCACAGCGACGGGCUUCGGGACAGGCCGCCCGAAUGAAGUCCUCAUUUUUCCCAGGACGAUUAUCACACGAGAUAACGAUUGCGACUGGGGGAGAGCCAAAACUCUCGGAGCACGAUUCCUAAGAAAAAAACUUUAGUCAUCGACCGCAAGCUUCGACCUCGAUGUGCCAUUCUUCGUAUUGUAUGGGCGUACCUCGAGACGGUGCAAAGAAACGCGUUGACGAAGAGAGCGAGAAGAGCGUGAAACGUUGGAGACAUCGAAAAAUGAAUCGAUUCGAAUCGUCAUUAUUGCGAAAAACUCUGAUAACCAGGCGAAAUUGGAGUGAACGAGAUGUGAGAAGAAACCAAACUCUGAACGAAUUUUAUUAGCGAUUAAGAACAAUAAAGAAUAAGCGUAUGAGAGAAUGAGAGAGAUAAUUAUUGUUGAAUCUUCAUUGUAACGUUUUUCCAAGCAGGCAGCGCGAUAAAUCGUAUUCCAGAACGGCCUGAAUUAUGUUCGACCCUAAAAUCUCCGUUCUCUUUAAUCGAUACUCGAAGCAUUUGUAAUUUCGUAUAGCCCCUCCCCACCGAAACCUCGCUAUUUUUCUGCCUCGAUAAAUGUCCUCUGUUGAUAAGCACGUAUCUUCGAGAGUCUGCAUGAGUUUUAUAAACGAAUAAGCACAGCGAUGAAAUGUUUUAACGCGGAGUUCGGAGGAAGGUGUCGCGCUGAGAUUCCGAGCGAUGGAAAUGAGAAUAAUAAAAUGUCUGGAAUACGA